CAUCUCGCCCACUAUGCCACCCCCAACAAUUCCUCCAUUUCUCCUCCCUCGAGGCCUCCCCACGGCCCGAACCUUGCGGAUCCUGCAGCAUCCGCAACGCGCUAUCAGCAGCGCCCGCUGCUUCACCUCCACCACCCCAGCUUCAGCCAAGAAGACCGACAAGAGCCGCACCCUAGGCCAGCCAGACAAGUUCCGCCCACCGUCGCACCCGGCGCGGCUCGUCAACCCAACGCGCACCUCGCCCUCAGGCCAGCCCAUCAACUAUGGCCCCCGGUUGACAGAGGAGCAGCGCUCGGAGCAAAAGCGCAAGCAAUAUCCCAACAUGUUCCCGCCAGAGGGAACGGUGAUGUUCAAAUUCCUGACGAGUCGAUGGAUCCAUGUGUGGAUUUCCUUGAGCAUCCUCACCUCCAUGGCAGUCUUUGUCUUCUCUACAAACUUCAAGGCCAAUUCACCCUUCGCCCAUCUCCUUCCGUCUUGGUCUGGCCUCUUCUCUCAUCCCAUUGCUACGGUCUCGCAGUUCUUGCAGGUCUGGCGUAUGGACGUGCAGCAUAACUCGCUUCGCGUGCGCGAGCAGCGUCAUCGCCGUAUUGAGGAUGCUGAGAAGCGGAGGCAGUAUCGUGUUGCGCAUGGGCUUGAGGAGCCUAAUGAGCAAGAAAAGAAGGAGGAGGUCAAGGAUGACCAGUCGCCUAUUGCGGCUGAGAAGGGCGAUGGGGAGUUUGUGGAUUGGGAGGGGAAGAAGAAGCCUGUUAAGAAGUGGCUUGGUAUCUGGUGA